AGGGUAGUAAUGUUCUCAAAAGUCGUUACUAAGUUAAGAAAAUGUAGCGGGUAAUUGGAAGAAGAAUACAGUCCAUUUAAAUGUUUGAUGUCAGGGUGUAUCGACUUCUGCGGUCCAAAUACUGGACGGUGUUGUCGUUUAUUCAUAGCAACGAAAUGGACACCGGCCCAGGUUAAAUAGGUGCACCAUAGCACAGUGAUAUCCCCUGAUGACAUCUAAACCAAAGGCCCAGUUGGCACCCCUGCCAUGGAUAGAGAUCCUUGCGUAUUGGUUGCUGUCAUUAGGAUCUCAUCUGUACUCUUUCUAUCAACUGCACAGAUUUUCCAAAGAGCAUGAAGCAGGAUUACAGAGAGGACUCCAUUUGGAAAAAGGCCUUCUCAAGGGCUUUAAAAGGGACCCAUCGGAUUUUGAGUGGAGUUUCUGGACUGACUGGGCAAAGACGUCUUUGCUUUGGACUCUGAUUGGUCAUGGCGUAAUAUCAAGAUUAAGUGUCACCUUUUACCCCAAGCUAAGGGUGCCAGCACUCACAUUAUAUGGCCUCUUAGCAGCCAGUAGUGUGCUGGGGAUUAAAGGUGUCAGUGUGCUGCUGGUACAACUGGGACUGUCUUUCAUAGUGGCCCAACUGCGAAAACCUGCACUGUCUUGGGCCUGUAACCUGCUGCUACUCUCCACGCUACAUAUCCAAUGGCUUCAAGAGAUCCAGAGAGGCUGGUAUGAGACCGAGGAGGAGUACUAUCUGCUGCUCUUCAGUGUUGCUGUCUGUGGUCUGCGCUUCAUCAGCUUCAGCCUGGAGCAUUGCUGGUGCCCUGUAGACCAUGGUGGGAUCUUGCAGCUCUGCUGGUUGUUUUCAUACACCUUCUAUCAUCCCCUCUUCUACAAUGGACCCAUUAUCACAUAUAAAGACUACAUUGAGCAGAUGCGAAGGCCUGCUGAAGAGAGGGACAGGGACCAAUCUGCUUUUAGUUACUUUGUGCUCAGAUCAGGACGCAUCAUACUGUGGUGGUGCAUUGCAGAAUACAUGAUCCAUGUUAUGUACAUGCACUCCAUCCAGUCUAACGAGACCUACUUAGAGAUUCUUCCUCCUUGGGCCUUGGGUGGACUUGCCCUGGCUCUGGUCCAGUUCUUCUUUGUGAAGUACCUGGUUCUCUUUGGUCUCCCGUCCAUGCUGGCUACUCUGGAUGAGCUAGUUCCUCCAAAGCUUCCUCGUUGUGUCAGCAUCAUGUACAGCUUCACAGGGAUGUGGAGGCACUUUGAUGAGGGCCUGUAUCGAUGGCUCAUCAGGUACAUCUAUGUGCCUGUGGGAGGUUCACGGCACGGUCUUCUUUACCAAAUGUUAUCCACGGGCCUCGCGUUCGGAUUCGUCUGCCUCUGGCACGGCGGCCAUGACUACCUGCAGUACUGGGCUCUCAUGAAUUGGGUGGGAAUCCUGGUGGAGAAUGGGCUGAAGGUUCUCCUCACUUCAUCCUUUAUUCAAUCCUUUGUUGAGCAGAAUUUCUCUGCGGCAAUGGAGAGGCGUUGCACUGCCCUUCUCUCUGCCUGCUCCACUGCCAUGCUCAUCCUCUCUAAUCUGGUGUUCCUUGGGGGGAUACAUGUAAGCAGAAUCUUCUGGAAGCGUGUCUUCGUUCAAGGCUGGUCUACCAUGCUCCCGCCUAUGCUGGCUUUCCUCUACUGCUUUGCUCAGAUCGGACUCGAGUGGACUUCUCACCCACCAUGAGUCACCUUGACUUUGUUGCGGGAGUGUGAAUCCCCACCAACAGACAACCAGAUCAGCCUGCUGAGUCCACUGCCUCCAUCCUCACCAGCCAGAGAGUCUGUGGCGACGCUGGCUCGUGGCCCCAGAAUCUGUCCAAAACCUGGCUAGAGUGAAGCUGAGCAGCCACUUUUCACAUCCUGCAAAAAAUCUGUCUGUAAGCUAAAACCCUUCGGAAACUCUCUAAGGAGAGAGUUUCCUGUACUCGUGUGAAAUUUAAGUGCACACAAACUGCAAAAAGAAGAGUCUAAUGCUGUAAAUUUAAGGAAGUGUACUGUACAUACGCAGUCUGCAGUUUCAAGGCAUGUUUUCAACACAGCAAGCUUCACUGAUUCACCGUUAUUCUGAGAAACUGCAAAAGAAAAUAUGGACCCUGAAUCAGUCUCGGCUAUAUGACUCUGAUAAGGUAUUGCUCAGUGGUGCAGUAAGCUGGAGAAAUGCUAAUUUCAUAUUUACUGUCCUCCAGCUCAACACAAAGGCAGUUGUGUAUUCAGAUGCAGACAAUAGGAACAGAAGGCUGAGUAGAGCCUGAGGAACCAGAUCAAUGUCAUUAUUACCUCCACAGAAGCAAUUUAGGUGAUGUGGAAUGAAACUAAUAUAUUUAUUAAAAUAAUGCACAAUGCUUUAAAAAAGGAAGCUAAAAAAAGUGCCUAAAAACACA